UUUGGCAGUCUACAUUUCCAGGUGAUCCCUCCCAGAAGUCAUUACUCUCAUUCACGAAAGCACCAAUCAGAUUAGAGUACCCACUCAACUGCAGUGCAGGCAACCUCACCAAAGCCUGCCCUGGAAACUACCCCACCAAACACAACCCCACAAAUCCUGACCAUUCAUCAACCAACAUGACCUGCCCUGACUACUUCCGAUGGAUCCAUCAAGAUCUACUGCCCUGAAAGCAGACCGAAAUCACCAGGGACAUGUUGAGAAGUUCAGAAAGUCCAUCCAGACCAGAGAUAUGUUCACCUUGUGGGGCAUUUUGCAGCUCUUGAGAUGGUACCCUGGAAGGCUGCCUGACUUGGAGCUCAUGUUUGAUUGUGAUGAUCGGCCCGUUGUUCGAAUGAGAGACUUCCGGGGCCCGAGCGCUGCCCCACCGCCAUUGUUCCGGUACUGUGGAGAUGAUUGGAGCUUGGACAUUGUGUUUCCAGACUGGUCUUUCUGGGGAUGGGCUGAGACCAAUAUAAAGCCGUGGAGAAAUGUGUUAAAGGACAUAAAAGAAGGCAACAGAAGAACCAAAUGGAAGGACAGGGUCCCCUUGGCAUACUGGAGAGGAAACCCCCAUGUGGCUCCAACAAGGGGUGAUCUUCUCAAAUGCAAUGUCUCCGACAAAGCCGACUGGAACACUCGCCUAUACCUUCAGGACUGGGACCAACAAUCUAAAAUAGGGUACAGGCAAUCUAACUUAGAGGACCAAUGCACCCACAUAUACAAGAUUUAUAUAGAGGGAUGGGCGUGGUCUGUGAGUGAGAAGUACAUUCUAGCUUGUGACUCCAUGACCUUACUCACAAGGCCCCGUUACUAUGAUUUCUUCAUAAGGGGGUUGGUGCCAUUGCAACAUUAUUGGCCUAUUAGGGACAACAACAAGUGUAGGGAUCUUAGGUUUGCUGUGGAAUGGGGCAACAAUCACACCGAUAAGGCACAGACAAUGGGGGAGACGACGAGCAAGUUCAUUCAGGAGGAUCUGAAGAUGGAUUAUGUGUAUGAUUACAUGUUCCAUCUAUUGAACGAGUACGCAAAACUCUUGAAGUUCAAGCCAACCAUACCACCAGGAGCAGUGGAGGUUUGUGCAGAAACAAUGGCAUGCCCUGCAGAAGGUGCAUGGAGGAAGUUCAUGGAGGAAUCCCUAGAGAAGAUUCCUACUGAUACCACUCCUUGCAGCUUGCCUCCUCCAUAUGAUCCUCCAGGGUUCCAUGAUUUUAUUGAGAGAAAAGCCAAUGCAACAAGGCAAGUGGAGCUGUGGGAGAAUGAAUAUUGGGAUAAGCAGAAUAAGAAGCAAUAGAAGGCCUCUCCUGGAUGGUUCUAACUUGUAGAUUAUAAUUGGUAAUUUUCACUAGACCAAAAUUUGAUCGCAUUUGAGGAGUUUAUAAAGCAUCUCAAGUAACUUAUU